AUGAAAAUAACGACAAAAGCUUUAGGAAGAACCCUCACAGCAUUACACUACCUUCUGAUUGUAGUAGUGAUAACGACCCCCAUAAAUGUGAGCUACUACUGUAGUUGCUUUUAUAUGGAGAAGAGCAUCUAUAUGAAUAGAGAAAAAAAUGGAAAGAAUAGUACUUAUCGUGUGUUCGUGUCUAAACCAGCCCAAAAAAAGAGUAAUCAGUUAAGAACAAAAAUUAUCAUAAAUAAAAGAAAAAAAGAAGAAAAUGAAAAAAACAAACAAUCUAGAAUGGAUGAUUUUAAGUUAACCUCAAAUUAUAAAUUAAUAGAAGAAUUAAUUGAUGAAUAUCCAUAUAAAUUACCUGACUAUAACAUAGAUAAAGAACCAUUUAUUAUUUUAAAAGAUAAAAUAAAAGGAGAGUAUUUAAAAGGAUAUGAAUUACCAUUUAAUUUAAUAGAUCCUGUAAAAUAUGAACUCUUAAAAUUAAUUGGAAAAAUCUGUGAUCCGUUUAAACCAUUAUGUAGUCAUUCUUUAACCCCUCGAUUAUUUAUUAGCAAAUUAUUUACUAACAGAUCAGUAAUAACAUAUGAUGAUUUUUGUUAUAAGCUUGAAUAUAAAAUAAAUUUUUAUAUGCCUUCUUAUACGGAGCUAUUUAAAUAUGAAAAGGAAUUAUUAUGGAAAGAAUGGAUAGCUAUAAGAAAUUUAAAAGAAGUAUCACCUGUAACACCAUUAGAUGACCAUGAACGAGUAGACCGGAUUUUAGAAGAAGGGGAAACGACCUUACCAAUUGUAAUAAAAAAAACAAAUAGAGAAAUAAACAGUCAAGGUAUUCAUCCAUCUAUUUUAAAAAUGUUUUUUGAUUUUUUAAAUAUUGAAAAAUGUGAAAAAGUAUUAAAAAGAGAUAAUGCAUUUUUAAAAUUAGAAACAAUUAAAAAUCAAAUAAAAAAUAGAGAAUUCUUAGAAGGAAUUCGACCGGACUAUUUAUAUAUCAUGUUCAACAAAAAAGCAAAUGAAUAUUAUUCAAAUUUCAAUGAAAAAGAAUUUGAAAAAACAUAUCAAGAAGCUGUUAAUUACAAUAAUAUGACACAAAAAAUGAUAAGCGAAAAUUCACUUUAUAAAAAACAAAGAAAACAAUUUUCAGAACAAACUAAAAAGUCGCUCAUGAAAUUUUAUGAUAUACAAUUACCAUCCUUUUUUAAAGAAUAUAUAAAAAAGAAAGAAGAAAAUUAUAAACUUAUACAAGCUCGUAUCAAGCGUAUGAUUGACAAUAAGUAUUUAAAGAGGAAACAAAGAAGGGAUGAGAAGGCACUCUUGGGAAAUACACCUGCAGCACUUGAGGCACCGGGCCACAAAACAGACCUGACGGACGAUAAGAAGAAGAAGAAAAAAAAAAAAAAAAAAAGGUAA